AUGUUCCAAAUGCUUCAAACUGUGGGCCAAUUUAGUGGGAUGCCAACCGAGGAUCCUCACCUUCAGCUUCGCUUGUUCAUCGAAGUAAGUGACUCUUUCAAGCUGCCCGGGGUGACAGAGGAUGCAUUAAGACUAAAGUUGUUCCCAUAUUCCUUGAGAGACAGAGCCAGAGCUUGGUUGAACUCUUUGCCAUCUGAUUCUGUGAGUACUUGGCAAGAGUUGGCUGAACAGCUUUUGAUGAAGUAUUUUCCUCCCACUAAAAAUGCCAAGCUCCGCAAUGAGAUUACUUCAUUUCAACAACUUGAUGAAGAAUCCUUAUAUGAGGCAUGGGAGCGGUUUAAGGAGUUUCUGUGCAAAUUCCCUCACCAUGGCAUUCCUCAUUCCAUCCAGAUGGAGACCUUCUAUAACGGUCUCAAUGCUCAUACUAGGAUGGUGGUUGAUGCUUCAGCGAACGGGGCUCUUCUUGCUAAGUCCUAUAAUGAGUGGCCCACUUCUAGAUUGUCUACAGGUAGAAAGGUGGCUGGUAUUCAUGAUGUAGAUGCCAUCACUUCUUUGGCGGCCCAAGUGUCUUCUAUUUCUAAUAUGCUCAAGACAAUGAAUAUGGGGAUGAAUCAAUCAAUGGGACAGCCUAUGGGGACACAAAUGGGGCAAAUGGAGAGCAUUUCUUGUGUGUAUUGUGGUAAGGGUCAUACUUUUGAUAACUGUCCUUCUAAUCCGGCAGUUGUAUGUUAUAUGGGGAACCAAAAUAGGAAUGGUCCUUAUUCUAAUUCCUACAACCCAUCAUGGAGGCAACACCCCAAUUUUUCAUGGAAUAAUCAAGGAGCUGGCCCUAGUAAUCCUUCAAUGCCUCCAAGACCAAAUUUUCCACCGGGUUACCCCCCUCAAGCACCACAACAAAGACCACAACAACAGACAAUGCAAUCUAGCUCUCUUGAGAGCAUGUUGAAGGAAUGUAUAGUGAAUAAUGAAUCCAUGAUUCAGAGCCAAGCGGCUUCAUUGAGGAACUUAGAAAACCAAGUUGGGCAACUAGCUAAUGAGCUUAGAAAUAGACCCCACGGUACACUGCCAAGUGAUACCGAGAAUCCAAGGAGUAUGGGGAAGGAACAUUGUAAAGCUGUCACUUUGAGAAGUGGAAAGGAGUUGGAGAACGACAAGACCGAGUCUGGGCAUGAGGGUGAGCCCUCUUCAAUCCAAAUAAAUGAGGAGUUCCAAAAAGAUGCUGAACUUCCUAGUGCACAAAAAUCUGCCUCUGCCCAGGAUACUGCAGGGAUACCGCGGCAUUGUCAACCAGCAAGCUCAAUUUCAAAGAAGCCACCUCCAUUUCCUCAACGUUUUUAG